AUGCAUGGUUACAGAGAAGCCGGGGAGGCAUCUGGUCAGGCUGGAGGAGCAGAGAUGAAGAACAAAAGCAACAACAUCACUGGGAGUACGCCAAGCAGAAGCACACAACGCCAGUGCAGUGCCUGUGCACGGGAAGAGCAGUUAGCCUCACAGAAUCAGGACUUGUACUUCACAGGAUACGGGAUGGACAGCUGUCUGUCUGGGGAUGGGCCUCUCUCUGAGGCUGCUGCCAUGUUUGCGGGCCUGCCACCUGGCCAUGUCCUGUUUGAGAUCCGCCGGCGCUUCGUGGAACGAGCAAAGCGGAUUGACACCAUCUCACGAGCCGUCUUCCCUCUCAGCUUCCUCGUUUUCAACGUGUUCUACUGGAUCACGUACAAAGUGCUUAGAAAUGAGGACAUUCACCCUGCCCUGCAACCCUGACUCCCUUAAAAGACUUUCCCAGCAUCCCAUUUUGUGAGCCAGUUUAAAUCCAAUGUGAGGAUGAGAUCCCGUAUCAAGGACAUUUAAAAUGAAACCGGUUGAGGAAAAGGUACAACACGUUCUCUCUGCAUGAGUGAACAUAUAUGCAUGGAUCUAAAAAGACCACUUUUACAAAGAUCUAAGAAAACUACUUUGUUUAUAUGCAGAAUGGCUGAAUCACU